GCCCCGCCGGCCCUGUGCGCCCCGCCGCGGACCCCGACCCCAGCCCCGAUCCCUACCCAUCGCCGGCCAGCGGAUGGGGACCCAGCAGUCCAAGCGCGGCGCUCCCCGGGCCGGUCCCCCCUCUGCCCCCACGCGUCCCCGGGCCCCCGCGCGCACCGCGAGCCGUCGGAGAGAGAGCCCCGAAGGCGACAGCUUCGCGGUGCCCGCGUUCUCCGUCGGCCGCAGGGGCGCGGAGGAGGCGGAGCGGAGGAGCGGCGCAGAGCACCGUGCACGGGAUAAGCAGGAGCUGCCUGGCGAGGAUCCUAAGGAGGGGCCUUUCCGGGAAGACCAGGGCCCCCUAGAAGUGGCUCUGCCGCCUAAGAAAGCUGAAGUUCAUGAGGGCCCAGGACAGCUCCUCAAUGUGGAUGAUGGCGAGAAGGCAGCAGCCCGCGAGGGCCCCAGAGGAGGGCCCAGGAGGCGCCUGAACAUUGAUGCCCUUCAGUGCGAUGUCUCUGUGGAGGAGGACAACCCCCGCCAGGAGUGGACGUUCACGCUCUAUGACUUCGACAACAGUGGGAUGGUCGCUAGGGAGGACAUGUCCAGCCUGAUGCACACCAUCUAUGAGGUUGUCGAUGCCUCGAUGAACCACUCUUCAGGCAGCAGCAAGACCCUCCGUGUAAAGCUGACUGUCAGCCCUGAGCCUGCAGGCACGAGGAAGGAGUGUCCUGCCAACCAGGACCAGGAGCCCACUCGCAGCAGGACGGAGAAUGAGCCUGCCGAGGAUCCCCGGGGGGCUGACAAGAGGCUGUCUGCCCACAUCAGGAGGCCCAGUGGCGAUCCCCGCCCCUGCCCCGUCCGGGGUCCCUACUGCGUGGAUGAGAACACUGAGCGCAGGAACCACUACCUGGAUCUCGCCGGAAUUGAAAACUAUACCUCCAAGUUUGGUCCUGGGUCACCACCUGAGCAGGCCCAGCAGGAGUACCCCAGCAGGGCUGUGCACCCCCAGAGCCGCUCCCGCUCCCAGGAGCCUGACUCCCACGCUGUGCACCACCGCCGCUCUCAGGUGCUGGCUGACCACGCCACACUGGCCACCGAGCCCACUGCCCGUGGUCUGGAUGUGCAGCCCCGGCUGAAGGGGCCAGAGAAGCCACUCCUCAGGUCCCCUAAGGGUCCUGGGAAGCCACCUGGGGCGCCAGGCAUCGGAAAGGCUGGCAGAUCCCCCAGCUACUACCUGCCAGCCGCCACAUCCCCACAGACCACCCUGGAUGGUGGCCACCACCUGGCCCAACCUCCAGCACCAUCCCUGCCACUGCCCCAUGGUCACAGGCGGCCUCGGCAGAAGGGCAGGGAGGCCCACUCACCACUCAAAGGUGUACACAGCCAGCCUGCCACAGUGGAGCAUGAGGCGGUGCGGGAUCUGCCACCCACGCUGGGCACUGAGAGCUACUCAGUGCCCAUGGUCCAGCGGCAUGAACACCACCACCACCAUGAACACCACCACCACCACCAUCACCACCACUUCCACCCAUCCUAGUACCCGCCACCCCUGGCAGGGACACCACACGCUCAGCCCAGGCUACACUCCCUCAGUGGAUGUGGAACAGGAGCCUCUGCCUACUGGGAGCAGGUGUCCCCUGACCCAACACCUAGUUCAGGCACCAGGGGAACAGCACUGAGACAGCACGAGGAUGGCCCCGUGAGCAAGGCCUUCCUCCUCCACACUGCGUGGCAGGAGCACUCAACACCUCUGGGACAGUGCCCGGUGGAAACACGUGUGGAAACCCGCUCUGUACCUCCAUGUGGUCUGCAGAGUGUGGUAGGGAGUCCAUUCUCACUUCCCCUCGAGGACUAUAGCCUCCUCCAGUGGCACUAGGUCUGGGCAGAGAGCCAAAGCCUCCUGUACUUAUUCUUUAUGAAGUUGGGGUGUGGGGAGGCUUCUUGGGUGCCAUGUCUCCUAAGUCCUCGUGUGCUUGGCUCUGAGCACAACCUAUGAAGUGGCAAAAUGGCAGGUGCAGAAUUGGCAGAGUGGGGAGGCAGCAGGUCCCUAGUGCGUCUCUGCACCUUGGGGCACAGGGCAGGGGUGUAUGCAGGUUGUGGUCAGUCAGCAGACACUGGGGGUGGGGGUGUUCCUGCUUGGCUCCUCCAGGCAAAGGGCCCAGACUCAGGUCACUCGUGUGUGGCCAGAGGCCCCUCCCAGGUGUUCCCUUCCAUGAGGGCUGGCAGUACAAGAGCCCAGCAGCGCAUGGCCCAGUGGGUCGCAUAGAGGCAGGAAGUGGCUGGCGGAGCAUGCCCUGGCAAUUGUUUCCUUUCACAUAGUCUUCAAACAUUGAGCAAACUGAUGGCCAUGUGGGCGCUGAAGU